CAUCCACGUGUGUUUGGACAUCUUCAAAAGGAUAGUUAUCUAACACUUUUGGGAUUUUAUAGAAGAUUUUCUCGCGUAAUUGAGAACAAAAGUUUUUCAAGUAGAUUAAAGUUUAGCUCACAAGAUUAAAUGGGAGCUCUCACUAUUUUACUCAUCAUUGCCACGACAUUUAGUCCAUUGUUUGGUAAGAAGGAAGAAAAGGAGGUGGCAAAAUUUGAGAUGGACAUACCAGGUCUAAUCGAUAUAUUUUCAGCUGCCAAACGCGAACUAGAACGUUCCAAACUCAUGGAAAUGUUUAGUAAAAACCAAAUAGCACAGAAUAUUCUUCAACAGGUAAAGGAGUAUGCAGAAACUAAUCCAGGGAAGACAACUGCAACUCGAAGAACUCUAUGGAAAGCCAAUUUGAGGACCAUCCCAAGAACUGAACAGAAGCUAGAAGCUGCUAGAAGAGGCCGUUAUAGUGGUCAUAUAAAGCAGGUGUUGAAGAAACUAGACAGACAAUUUAAUAACAAUAAACAUUGUCAAGAAACCUGGCUGUAUAAUUUCUUAUCAUAA